UGAUUAAAAUUGUAAUCGGCUAAUGUAACCGCUGGGAUUUUAAUCCCAGUCGAUGACUUUAGCAAAUUAAAACACGAAAGAAAAAGAAGAAGAAAAACCAACCAACAAACAAGGAAACAGGAAAAUGGCUGGCCAAGGAAUCUUCGUUUUAAUAUCUACACAUUUCAUUAACACAUUUCACACUAUAAUUCAGGGGUUGGAGCACGGUUUUCUUGUUGAACCAAUGGACGCUGAGAAAGUGACGAAGAAUAAAAACGACAGUCAAUGAGGUGAUCAACUAUCUAAACUGGAGUUGAAAAGAAAUGGAAAGCCUAAUGUCAAGACAAUAUACUUUUGUUUUGAUUCGAGAAAAUCUAGCAGUGUUUGGCUUGCAUUGUUAUAGAGCCUCUUACUUAGUGACUUAGUUCCUUUAGAAAAAUGCAGAGCGCGCCCUCUGUACGAGCUUCAACGCAGCCCGAUUGACCUCUGACACCUGCAUAGCAACCGCGAACAAUGAUGCCAACACGCAAAAUACAACAGGGCCUCGGCGUGCAGUCGGUGUGCUUGGUGUUUGUGAGCCGAAACGUCAGUGACAUCCAUCGUGAUCAAGUCUGUUGACUCUGAAUUUAAUCGAGGUUUGCCGAAGUUAAACUGUAAAACGCGUUUGGAAACCCAACUUACUUCUGAAAGAUUAAGAAGGAAUACGUACUGGAAUUUCCUUACGGCGUGCUCGUGAAAUUAGCAGGAACACAAUGUCGCUGCCUUUUUUACCCGGGAAUAGCUUCGAUCGGAAGCUUGGUCAAGAGAAGUUCCACAAGUCCCACCACUUUGACCACUGUAAUCAAGUGGCCAUGUUGGUCGGGGAACACAAACCGGGCAUCGGUGGAGAGAAAUUGCUGGGACAGAAACCCAAGCCACAAAAUAGCAAGAUCCCCCAGGGCCAAGGCAAUGCAGCCCCUGCAUGGGUUGCCUUCGACAGGCAGGUUCUGCGUUUUGAUGCGUAUUUCCAGGAGGCAGUGCACGAGAAACCUGAAGAGCAGUAUCGCAUCCGCAAGUGCAAGGUCUACUUUUAUCUGGAGGAUGACUCCAUCCAGGUCAUUGAACCCCAAGUCAACAAUAGCGGCAUACCACAAGGUACAUUGAUUCGCCGCCAUCGAAUCCCCCUUCCGCCUCCAAACGACGACCAGUUUUACACGAUGGAGCAUUUCAAUGUUGACACAGAGCUGACGCUGUAUGGCCGCACCUUCAAGAUCACUGGCUGUGACCAGUUCACCUACAACUUCCUGCGGAAGGCAGGCAUGCGCAUCAACCCACCAGAAAGCACGCCUGAGGAUCCAUACUCGAAUUACAGGAAAGGGAUGGAUGAGUCGCAGCAGCCGCUUCGCCCCUAUGAGAAGGUGGACACUUUGAAGCAGUUCCUUGACCACGACCGGCAUGUGCUACGCUUCUAUUGCUACUGGGAUGACACCGACAACAUGUUUGGCGACACCCGGGAGAUGAUCUUGCACUACUUCCUGGCCGACGACACGGUGGAGGUCAAGGAGGUCAUCCCGGCCAACUCGGGCCGGGAUGCUGCCCCCAUGUUCCUGCGCCGGGCCCGGCUGCCCAAGAGCGGGCCCGAGCCCUUGCGGCAGCCUGGCGAGAUCACAGGCCGCACCGUUCUCAAUGUGUUUGGGCCCAUGGGUCACGGCGGCCGAUACAUCUUGGACAGUCUGAAGACCGGGGCCGUGCACACUGAAUAUUAUAAGGACAGCGACCUUAAGAUUGGCACAGAAAUAAACAUCUGGGGACGCAAGCUGACGCUCUGUGACUGCGAUGACUUCACCAAAGAGUACUAUCGCUCCAAGUAUGGUGUGGCCCACUUCACCCCGCUGAAUUACAAGGGAGAGCCGGCCCCUGCCAUGAAGCGUGAGUGGCCCCCCUACACCGGCUUCGGCUCAGAGGAGGACUCUCUCUGUUCCUGCAUGGGCCUGCUACCCAAGCCGCCGCGAAGGGACUUCAUCAAAUUCAUGGAGAAAGACAGGCAUGGACUUGACAGCAACGUACUACGCUUUGUUUGUCGCCUGGACACCACCAAGCCCAUUGACAUGGACCGCCGAUUUAUUCUCUCUUAUUUCCUGUCAGAUGACACCAUCGCAGUUUUUGAGCCACCCGUGCGCAACUCUGGGAUCAUCGGUGGCAAGUUCUUGGAGAGGAACCGUAUCAAGAAGCCCAACCAAGAGCGCUUUGGCACUGAGCUGUCAGAGUAUUACCAGGCCAGGGACCUGUACGUGGGCAGUCGGGUCAACUUCCACAACCACAUAUUUAUCUUGAUCAAUGCCGAUGAGUACGCCUUCCGCUACAUGGAAAAGCAGGCCCAGGAGUUCAGUGUUUCCAACAUCAACUCCAUCAUCCAGAAGCUGGGCCAGAUCGCCUCUCAGCACAUGGAACAGAUCAAAGAAUUCUUCAAGAGGAAUGACCCCGAAGGCACUGGCAAACUGGAAUAUGACUUGUUCAGAAACCUAAUGGUACAGCUGGGCGGCUCCUCGCUGGCUGAGCACGAGAUCAUGACGGUGGCGCGUUACUACAGUGACAGUCAGGACAACAAGAUGCCCCUGGAGGGUCUGGUGUCGGUGGCCCAGGAGCAGCUCCGCCGCAGCAACUUUGAGAACUUUGCCCGGCUGGCCGAGGGGCUGCAGUCCUAUGACACGGACCGCUCAGGCUUCGUGGACGCCGAACUGGUGCGCAAGACCUGCCGGGCCUUCCACCUGCCGCUGCCCGACGACUUGGUGCGCGCCUUGCUCUUCAGAAUGGACAAGAACGACGAGGGCAAGGUCAACUACGAGAUGUUUGUCCGCUACCUGAACUGGAGGGACAGCCCUGUCAGCCUGCCCCCCUACCAGCCCCCACCUACCAAGAUCGAUGAGGCCUGGACGGGCCAAGAGAAGCGGGACAGUGUGCUCCGAGUCAACUACACAGCGCUGCUGGGCACACUGUUCCCUGAGCAGUCUUAGAAACGACGCUGCGUUGUGCGCGCAACGUGCACAUCUUUGUCCUAUUCCCAGCAGGCUUGUUUAAGGCGGGUCUCUGAAACACAGUCACUUUACAGUCUCUUCAUGGAUAUAAGUCUUAAGGUGGAUUCGUACUUGAUGUGAAAGUGCACACAAACACUCUAUUGUGAAGUCAUAUCAAAUGUGUGAAUUUGCAAAAGUUAAACGUAUUUCAGACUUCGGUGAAUUUUGCUGCCGGUAUUAAUGAGAUGACACAUUCACUUGGCCUGGCAUUCACCUGAAGUAGGAACCGGCCUUAGGACAGCAGCAUCUUUAAAUUUGGCAUUUUUAGCUUUAAUGUAAGAUGUUGUUACUCAUUAUUUGAUUUACCAUGACUUUGGCCAAAAAGAUGAUGACUUACUUUAACCCUAACCCUCCUCAAUCCUUCACCUGUUGGAGGAUUGAGGAGGGUUAGGGUUAAGCAGUGCACUCAAGGUCUCCAUAAACGUGCAUAAGAGUGUUUAAAUCAAGCAGGCCAGCAUAUAACAGUGAAUUCACAUACAGUGUCACAAAAACACCAAUAUGCAUGUACAUUGUACAUGUACAUUGGCCAUUUUUAACGCAAGGUAUAACAUGUUACAAACUAUCUAUUUUCAUGAACUGUAUUGUAAUAACAUUCAGUGGUGAUUCACACAUUUGAUUCAUGUUUGGUUGAGCCAGGCCAAGAGUUUUUAGACAGCAGAGAAAAUAAUGGUUAGUUUUUCGGUUGGGAAUUCUUUUGACACUACUGUUGGACUCUUGCAAAUUACAGGGUAUUUGAAUACUUUCAAAACACGAAGCACCAGGUUUUACCAACCCUAUUUAAAUAAAUUUUGGUUUACUUAAGAGUUGGCGGACAAAUCACCCAGAAAUAGGUCCUAGCAUGUUGUUUCAUACUCUCAAAUGAAACAGAAACCUAUGUAAAAGUAAAGCCAUACUUCUGAUAAGUCACGACGCCGAAUGUGGGACCCUAUGCGCCAAUGCCAACAAUCUUAUUUGUGAUUUAAUGAAGUUUUUUUACAUCAUCUAAACUGAUACUGUCAGACUGUGUUGUAGAUAUGAGGCCACUGAGUCUUGGAGGUGGCUUGAUUCCAGUUUAGUUUUGUACAUCAAUUUGAUUCAUUUGUAAAUAUUUUAAAGAGAGAUUUUUUGCUGUUGAAAUACGUUUUGAAUAUCUUUUGUUUGGCAAAAUGCCACACGUCAGGACAUGUGCAUGUAAGUUAAAAAGGACUGAUUAGUAAAAGCAAAA